AUGCAUUCUACGCGCAUGCUCAAGCUGCUCGUGGCAGCCCUGUCUGCCAACUCCAUCGCCCAGGGCUUCAUCAUCGACGCCGCCAUCCUCGGCCGAAAUGGCGUCGAGUUGGCCCGUAGGCAGGGACUCGUGGGAGACGCACUCAACAAUGCCGCCGAUGCCGUGACCGGAAGUGGGGGCGCCGCGACCACAACCUCUACCAGUGAAGACUCCACGCCAACAACAACUACGUCAAAGGCCGAGGAGACCACGAGCACUACUUCCAAGGAGACGACAUCCACGACGUCCCAGGACGCAGCGACCACCACAUCCGACAAUGCUGCCACGCCGACCACCACAUCUACUGACGAUACAACCGCCCCGUCGACUUCGGCAGGCGGCACGGCUGCCACCACAUCCUCCUCUGAGACCACUUCCGACGCAAAAUCUAGCUCAGCCACCACAACCGCAAGCCCAACCACCUCCACCACUGUCAUUGUCGUCACCGCCACGGAUGGGUCGGUUAGCAGCUCCACAUCCGUCUCGGUCUCGACCCCAACGCCGGGCCUGAGCGAAGCCAACAGCGGAGGCAGUAGCUCUGGCAUGUCCACGCAGACAAGGAACACUAUCAUCGGCGUCGUAGUCGGUGUUGGAGGUGCCAUCGUGCUUGCCGUCGCCGGUCUAUUCGCCUGGAGAAUUUGGGGCCGCAAGAAGGCUAAUGAGGAGAACGACGGCCUCAUGGGCUACAACAACGGAUCCGAAGGCAAGAGCGAGGUCGGCGGGCUCAACGCUGGAUCGACGGUCACUGGCAGUGCAAGGUCUCCGUUCCAAAGCACACUCGAGAGCUAUCAUGCCCCAAGCAACGUCAAUGCAUCGUCCAACUUUUAG